CCCCACACCGCUGGGAUCUCCCCUGCGAGCAUCCAGCCCCUGUCCGCCAUGGGCGAUGUUAUCUCCACUCACCUGGACGAGAGCCGGCGCCACUAUAUCUCAGAGAAAACCGGGAAGGUGCUGGGGGAAUUCUGCCAGUUUUACGAGGAACAGUAUGGCGUCGCGCUCUUCAACAGCGUCCGGUAUGAAAUUGAGGGCAACGGAGGGCCGCAGGCCCAGCUGCUCCACCGCAAGGUCCCUCUGGAGGACCGCGUCAUCAUCUCGGGGAACCUCUUCCAAUAUGUGGAGGAAAACAAGAAGUGGCGAAACCGCUUCAGCGUUGUGCCGCACAACUACGGCCUGGUGCUGUACGAGAACAAACUGGCCUAUGACCGAGGGAUUCAGCCUCGAAUAGUUCUCAACAGCGCCGGCUACAAAAUCCUCACCUCGCUGGACCAGUAUCUUGACCUUGUCAAUAGCAGUUUACCAGGGACAGCCCCCAAAUCCGGCAAUGCCCCGAUCCUCAAGUGCCCCACCCAGUUUCCUCUCAUCCUUUGGCACCCGUACUCUCGUCACUACUACUUCUGCGUGAUGACCGGGAAGGAGCAGGACAAGUGGCGAGCGGUGUUCCAGGACUGCGUGCGUCACUGCAACAAUGGGAUCCCGGAGGACUCCAAGGUGGAGGCCCCAGCCUUUACAGAUGCCGUCCGCAUGUACCGGCAGUCGAAGGAGCAGUACGGCACCUGGGACAUGCUCUGUGGCAACGAGGUCCAGGUCUUGAGCAAUCUGGUGAUGGAGGAACUGGUCCCAGAACUGAAAAACAUGAUCGCCCCCAAGCUGAAGGGCAAGGCCCAGGAGAGGCAGAGACUCUGGAUACAGAUCUCGGAUGCUGUCUACAGGCUCGCCUAUGACCAGAUAAAGGCGCACUAUGAUGCAGUGGUGACAAAAUGUGAGCUGGAGCGUCCCAGAAUGGAGAGCACCAUUCGCACGGACAUGGACCAGAUCAUCACAGCAAAGGAACACUUAGCCAGCAAAAUCCGAGCUUUCGUGCUGCCCAAAGCAGAGAUCUGUGUCCGAAACCAUGUGCAGCCCUAUAUCCCUUCCAUCCUGGAGGCGCUGAUGAUUCCCACAAGCCAGGGUUUUGCCGAGGUCCGGGAAGUGUUCUUCAAGGAGGUCACUGACAUGAACAUGAACGUAAUCAACGAGAGCGGGAUGGAGAAGCUGGGAGAGUACAUGGAAAAGCUCUCCCAGCUGGCCUUCCACCCUGUCAAGAUGCAGUCCUGCUAUGAAAAGAUGGACCAGCUGAAACUGGAGGGGCUUCAACAGAGAUUUGACGUCUCCAGUGCCUCCGUGUUCAAGCAGAGGGCCCAGAUCCUCAUGAGACAGCAAAUGGACGAUGCCGUUCACACGUUCGGGACGCUCCUGCACCAGGAGCUGGCGAAGAUGCUGGGCAAGGAGGAGCUGUGCAAGUCAAUCCAGCGGAUCCUCGAACGGGUGCUCAAGAAAUACGACUACGACAGCAGCACCGUGCGCAAGAAGUUCUUCAGGGAAGCCCUGCUCCAGAUCACCAUCCCCUUCCUGCUGAAGAAGCUGGCGCCAACCUGCAAGGGGGAGUUACCAAAGUUCCAGGAACUGAUCUUCGAGGACUUUGACAACUUCAUCCUGGUGGAGAACACUUACGAGGAGGUCGUGCUGCAGUCGGUCAUGAAGGACAUCAUGCAGGCUGUGAAGGAGGCAGCGGUGCAGAGGAAGCACAACCUGUACCGGGACAGCAUGGUCAUGCACAACAGCGACCCCAACCUGCACCUGCUGGGUGAGGGCGUGCCCAUCGACUGGGAAGAGGAGUUCGGCAGCCAGCCGGACUCGGACCCGUCCGCCGAGAAGCGCCGCAGAGCCAGGCAGGUGGUGUCGGUCAUCCACGACGACGAGGGAGCCCUGCCCUACGAGGCCGGGGCGGAGGUGCUGAUGCACCAGGUCUCCCAGGAAGAGCCUGGGUCGGAGGAGCUGGAGGCCUGUCCUGCCCUUGCUUCACCGGGUUCUCCUGACAGCGUGCAGGGGAUACGGGGGAUGCUGGUGAAGGAGUUCUGCGUGGAGACCCCGGUCCCAGCAAGAGAGGAGGCAAAGGAACCGCUGACGAAUGGUACAAUAGUCCAGCAGAGCGGCAGCUCUGAGGAGCGCGGGGUGGAGGGAGCUGCCCAGAAGGCCGAGGAAGGCCCUGGUUCAUUGGAACACUCCGUCCAGCAUGAUGCUGCCUCCCCGGGCCCAGUGAACCCGGGGGUGGAGGAGCAGGAAGCCAAGCCAGCCAUGCCCGCCGCUCCAGCCGAGCCGCCUGCCCUGACAGCUGCCUCGUUGCUUGCUGAGGGGGGAGUUGAAGUGAACCGCCACGAACCCAACGACAAGGAGACGGGGGAAGAGGUGUCCACCCAGGCCCAUGCGGAGAAGGUGGAGCCUGCCCAGCCGACCACCGAGAACAGCGCGGGGACCACCGAGAACAGCGCGGGGACCACUGAGAACAGCGAGGGGGUGCAGACUCAGUUCUAGGUCAGCCCCCCCCCGGUCGAGAUCCCUGCCGGCUGUGUACACUAUGUGCCGAAGGUGGACUGGAGUCAGUGAUGCCAGGGGGGCGGAUGGGGCUCGUAGGCUGGGCCAGUCGCUGGCACUGGUAGCUGUUACAUUCCCAGUUUCUGAAGCAGACUCGGCUUCGGACACCAGCGUCCCAGGGAAGGGGGUGGGGGGCGCCACCAAGAUGUAAGAUCUCCUAAACUGCACACCCACUUAGAGGGGAGCUGUGUGCUGGCCAGAACCAAGCCGCCACACUGGCCAAGUCAUUGCCCCUCCUCCCAGGACUCUAGCUCGGUAUAGGAUACGCACACCUUGCUCCGUCUUACUUUGUUGUUUUCCCUUUGUUGAAGAGACACUUUACUGCAUUACUCAACUAACAAGAGUGUGACUGUGGGACUGUCUGGGGUUUCCCCUAGGCAGGAGCUCCCCAGGACAUCUGCACAGCGUAUGCCAGCGGGCGCCUGGUGCCCUGGGGGAUGGGUUUUGUAGGGAUUCCCCUUCCCCUUCCACCAAUCCAGCCCUUCCCUUCGUCUGAUACUUCUCAUUCCAACCAAAGAGGUCAAUGCUGCACGCCACGCUGCUUUGUCAAGCACGGCAGCUGCAGUCAGAGGCCACCUACCGGUAUCCAGCAUUUCUCCUCCGAACAAGCCCGCAUCCAGGAGCCCGGCUGAGAUAGAAUGUGCACUCCCCCCCUUCUGUCCUUGCAAAUGCUGACCACCGCCCGCCCUGGAAAGAUGCACCUCUUCCCCGAGCCAAAUGGCCAAUGGGAUGUCCCUUGUUCGCUACUAAGUACUGUUCAAGCCAGCGCCAUGACUUUAACGUGUCUUGCCGCACGCUCUGGCAGAGGGAGGGUUAAAUGAGUCACAAACGAACUGGAAUCCGUCUUUUCUGAUUGGCCCCUAAAGAAGGAGAGUCAACGGCGGAGGAUGGGGCUGUUGCAUAGUUUCCGGCCGCAUUAGUGCAUCGCUGAAGAAUCAAUAGAACUAGCGGGUGUGGGUAAUACAGGGCAGCAUCUGAACCCUGUUGCUCCUGGCCUUCCUCGCAUGUGCUGGUCUGACUGGGGGUUCCGCUGAUGGCUCCAAAGAUUGUCUGCUUGUAGGGUCAGUUGAGGGAUGGAAAGAGCCACAAAUCCCUCUCCGCUAUCACCAUCUCCUCCAUGUCCCUCCUCCCGUUAUACACACAGGUUAGGACUGUGACGUAAACUUGAGAGUUCACCCCUGGGCUUGCGGGAGAGAACUGGUGGCCGUGGAAAGAGACGACGAGGAUGGUUGGUCGUGCGUAGAUUGAGCUGUAAAUGACCGACACUAUCCAGUGCCAUUCUGCUCCUGGGAGCUUUUAGUGGAUGCUUGAGUCCCUUGUUCAGUUAAAAACGGCUAUUGCGAUACAUCUCUGAAGCUUUAGAACCAGCCACUUAUUUUUCUUUCCUCCCCUCGCUUCUGGUAUGUGGUUUCUCCAAAGCCCCAGUGAGUGGUGGCCCCGCCACUCAUCCCUUUCCUUGCAAGCCCCCUGCAGCCUUGAACCUACCGAAGAUGGUCCCCGACAAGCUUAGCUGGUUUGUUUACAAAUGCUAAUGGCCACAUGAAUGUUGUUGAUGGACAGUCUCCUUCCCUUUCCUUAAAACAUGGAGGGGGUAAGGGGAGAGAGCGGAAACCUCCUUGGAAGGCCAGGGUAGGUGAAAUAGUGUUUUCGGAAGGGAAUGAAGAGGAAGUUGGCUUUGCAGGGAGAGAAUUAAAGGUCCCAGAGAAGGCCAGAAAUCUAGGUGCGUGGUUCAGAGGGAGAGAUCUACAAGGGCAAGUCUUGACAGAACUGCCCAGUGGAAGCUCCCAUUGCACUGGAGAGGAGAGGGGGCCGCAGGCUGGCAGGGACGUUGUAGGACUCUGGCUGGUUGCUAAUCGGCGAUUCCCUCCUGCAGUCAGGAAAACCUCUAAAUAUGGGGGAGGGUCUCGCUUUCAUUUUCCCACUGGGUCCCUAGUUAUAGCUCUUCUUCCCCCCCCCCCCCCCCAUCCAACUCUUCUGGAAAAGCUCUGCUGAGAUUACAUCCUCUUCCCAGCACACACAACAUGCUGGGAAUAAAUCUCCCCUGUUCCUUUCCGAGUCUGUGCUACCCUAGGACGCCAACUAAAUCCACCCUGACCCCCUGGAGGUAUUUGACUUUGCUGGGGUCACAUGACAAUGGGGUCCCUUAAUGGUGCCCAGUGUGAAGCCUGUGCCUCAUGGUGGGCUUAGCUUGCAUUGCAAGAGUUAAGUUCUCCUGGAAACACCUGUCAUGGUAGGAGGAGAGGAGAGAAAGGAGGUUCACUGGCUCUGUCUGACCCCACUGGGCUUUGGGGUCUGCAAACAAGUUAAACUGCCGGGAUGAGGUCACCUUAAAGCAAAAGCGUAGACUGUUACAUGGGUCCUAUUGUCCUUGCACCAGGAGUGAAGGAGAGGGGAGCCCUGUAGUUUUUCUGUCAAAGGCAGGACCGGUGGAAGCGUGCACUGGAAUCCAGCUCCAGCCGUGCUCUGGCCAAGCUCCCAGAAAGGCUCCGACGGAGUUAGCCAGGGUCUUUCAGUGGAGAUGGUCAAAUGACUCCUCUGUGUGGGCACAACCCAACUCGCCAGACGUCUGCUCUCCGUGGUGCCCUUUUCAGGAGGUCGGGGUGUGGGGAGAGCAGAAACAUUCCCUGGCCAAACGCAGGGGAUGGCAGAGGCUGCUGAAGUGGGUUUCUCCAGAUCUCUCUCCAGCAUCUCCAGUACAAUCCAAGUACAAUUGCAUUGAGUCAGACCUCCAGCCAGGAGCUCAGCUGAACACUAGGGGUGGUAUAUAACCCAAUACGCAAUGGGACAUCCAUGCCUCUCGUGGGUGACCUGUGUCUCAGACUUCCAUUAACGCUAAGGGGAACUGGGGACAUGUAGCUAGCUGGGGAAUCAACUCAGCAGACACACGAGCUGCAUGCAGGUAAUGUAAUGUAAUGUUUAAAACAUGAGAUACAGCUGAAACACCUGAUGUGUAAAGUCUUGUGAAUGAGCUGCUUAGACCUUCAAUGCAGAAUAUGGACCAGGAGCCCGGCCUUCGAAUCCUUUCCUCUGCUACAGAUACAUUCCAACUUCCAUGUGUAUUUUAGAUGCCAUUUUUUCUAUUUUUAAAUGGGUGGUGCCCAGUCUAAACCACUUGGGGCCUCCCAAAGUGCCUUGCCUUGGGAAUCAAAACCUGUCUCUUCCAAGAUAUUUUAUGGAGAAUGUUAUACAAAUGUUUAAAAUAUGCUUCUAAGAAUAAAUAAAACCCAGCUUUAUUUAAAGCUA